AUGUCGCUUCUCAAAAUACCUCUAGUUUUCUUAUCAGCUAUCGCGGUCAAUGUAGCAAUCACACCUCCUCAUUCUUUGUCCACCGAGGAGUUACAUGGUCGGUCUCUGUCUCUCAUCUCAAAAUGUUUUCGUAAAAUGAAAUACCCCUCGCAAACAAUAUCCGAGAUUUCACUCAACAAGGUUAUCCAGGGGUUGUACUGGACAGGGGCAUUGGCAGAAAUAGCUGCUAUCAUUGCUCGCCGCGUUGAUUCCUCAAAAGUACCGCAAUUUUUGCAAGCGCCAUCCGAGGCUCUUAGCGCUCUCACAGACGUCCCUAUUACGUCCUCUUUUCUUGUGGGUAGUGGCCUCGUGAUCAGCGGUGGAUUCAUCCGCUGGUUAUGCUACCGAACCCUUGGUCGCUAUUUCACGUUUCUACUCAGCGUGCGCCAAGAUCAUCGGCUUAUCACCACCGGACCUUACGCGAUCGUCCGCCAUCCUUCUUACACAGGAAUGAUGAUGUUAUGCAUCGGAAAUAUCAUUCUACAUGGCUCCCCCAAAUCAUGGUUAGGGGCCUCUGGUAUAUCGGCGAGGAUUCCUGGAGUAUCACUGGUUGUCAAGGCUGGAAUUGCCCUGUGUACCGCGGUGAAUUUGGCGUUGCUCAUAAGAACGAAGAGAGAAGAUAAGAUGAUGCAGUCGGCCUUCGGAGAAGAAUGGGAGGCGUGGGCGAGAAGAGUGAAGUAUCGGAUCAUUCCUGGCGUGUACUGA